CUACUUUUCUCUGUCUUCCUUCAAAGCCGCCAGAAGUUAGAGUCUCCUGCAUGCCUGCUUACUAUUCAAGACAUUAUCUUUCUUGUUUGGCUCUUCCGCUGCCUCUAUUGUAACCCGCCUUCCAGUGCCUCUAUUGUUUGGUUCUGCUAGUACUUUGUUCGCGAGUUGGGAAUUUCCGGUAUACAACGUUGUGGAGAGGUGUCUGUUACAUGUGAUCAUUAACUGUUUCAUGAACUCAGGUUGGACAGAAUAUAUUAGACUAGGACUUGAUUGGGUAGUGGAGUGAGAGCGGUCUUAACAUGGAAAAGAACGCGUAUACGAGGCAUGUUAAUGAAUUAGAUGAACUUGAACAUGUCCAUCCGAGCUGCAUGUGGGGCUUUGUACAUGCCAUCAACUACCAUCAAUGGCACUUUAAUCUCAAGAGGAUGCUUCUGCAGAAGAUAACUCCACGAAAACGUAUCAAAGGCAGCAGAAAUUCCAAAGCUAAGGAACUUCUUCAUGAUCCCGUGGAACAGCAAAAGCUGCUAUAUGAGGAGGAAAAACACCUCUCCAGUGCUAAGGAGUCUCGCUCAAACCAUAAAAGAUCUCUGAAAGCUAGAAUAAAAUCAUUGAUUGCAGAAGAGAUGUCAAAAGAAGGCAAUGGCAAACAACGGGUUUCAAGCAAUGCUUCUCAACCUAAAUUGCAGCGUACUUAUUCAAUCCAUCAUCUAGAGCCUCCAGACCAGGGAUUUGGUGAAAUAUGCACUGACUGGGAACAUCCAGUUCUUUUCUUUCCCAGCAACAAGGAAAAUAGUGCUAAAAAACUUCCACCAAAGAUGAAUGUCCAGAACAAGCGAGAUGCACAUGGAAAAAGUUUCAAGGAGUUGAGCGUCAAGGAUGCUUCAAAAGAGAGAGAACAUGCCAAUGUUCUGGAAAUUUUUAAAGUAAAUAAGGACUUGUUUCUGGAAAUUGUACAGGAUAAAGAUGGCGGCCUUAGAAAAUUCUCUCAUACUUCCCCCGGUUCCAAUGCAAAAGCAAGAUUAAACAAGUCAGGAUCGUUCCCUGCUGCUGAUUUCUUGCAGAAAAGAAGCCUUGAACCUAGCACAUUGAAGCAAAAGCAGAGUGAAACUUGGUCUGCCCCAAAAGGGGAGAAGUUGCCCACUGGUUCCCUAAUGCCAAAUCUGGACAAGUUCAAGCGUCCAAAGCAUGCCCGCUCAAAAUCACUGCCUCUCGAGUACAUUAACAGAGGCAGCAAACUGGGUCAAGCAUUGAAUUUUAUCCUAGAGAAUACUAGUGAACCAGAUAAAGUGAAUAAGGAAGUGCUCACACCUUUAAAGGAAAGUAAGCAGUUGGAUCAUUUUGAGGUCAAGGAGGGUAGAGAUCAAGCCAACUCUUCCGAUCUUUCAGUCCUGAGUGAAGUUUCUAGUGGAUAUGUCUCUACCAAAUUAGAAAAAGAUUCUGAUAAUAGGGAUGAAACCACUACAACCUGCAGAGUCGAUGAAGGAAAUUCUUUCAAUUCUUAUGAAGCUGAGGAAUAUUCUUCUGGCAAAAGUAAACGAACUCAUAGAAGAAGUUCUUCCCUUAAUGAGUCAAUGGAGAAAUAUACUUGGUUGUUUGAGAAUAAUUUUGGGAAGGAAGUGAAGUUAGACCAGUCGAGGAGCUUAAAGUUGAAAAAUGAAUAUGAGAUGGAAUCUGGUGGAAAUGUUUCUACACGUUUUAGAAGAAUUCGCUCUGUAUCUAAUGUUGAUGUCUAUUGUUCCUUCUAUGGUGAUGCUAAUUUGGACGGUUGGCCAAUUUCAACAGUGGAGGAGGAGAAUGGUUCCCACGAAAGGGAUAGUUGUCAAGAUGAAUUGAAGCCUGUAGUCGUUUCUCCAAACACAGAAGAAAUAUCACCGGGGGAUGUUGAAGAGUCUGUACACCAAAAUGAAUUACAAGAAAGAGAUGGACGUGCUAACCACGUGGAGAACUUGGGUGAAUCAAGAGAAAAAAUUUUGGGUAGUGUCGAAGAUCUUGAAGAAAAAUAUGAUGCGCUAACAGUUGGCGAAAGAACUUCGUACUCGGAGCAAGAGAGCAACUGUUUUGCCAUUGAUCCCUGUGAAUUGCCACGACCAAGUCCUGUUCCUGCCUUCGAGACUUGCUUUGAAGAAGAUGCGUCUAGCUCAUUAGAGUUCCAAGCCUCAGAAGGUUGCGCUCAUUUUGAUGACAAGGAAUCUUCGAUCAACUGCAAGAAUAGCUUCGAUAUGGAACCUUCUGCAUUGUUUUCUAGUAUGCCAAAUCUAGAUCCUGUGAAGGAUGCUGAGCUUGUUGGAUCUUACAAUGAAUACGAUGCUGAUUUAGAUUACGUGAAAGAUAUUCUUGAAAACUCAGGCUUUGGCAAGGAUGCGUUCCACAUGACAUUGCACUCAUCUAACCAGCCAAUAGACCCAUUAGUAUUCGAUGAAAUGGAAGCUUACUGGCAUAAAGAAUGUUCAGCAGAGGACUACUGUGGCUGUUAUCAUCAUCAGCUUCUAUUUGAUCUAGUUAAUGAGAAGCUACUCCACCUAUAUGGGAGAUCAUUCCCGUAUUAUCCCAAGGCAUUGGGUUCUAGUUGCUAUAUUCGUCCAUUUCCAGUUGGUGACCGGAUUGUUGAUGAGAUGUGUAAUAGUGUUAAUACAUUGAUGAAAUUGAAGACAGAGCAAAAGCAAUCACUUGAGUGCCUUGUUGCUCUGGACAUGGGGAAGGAUGAUGGUUGGAUGAACCUACAGUUGGAAAGUGAGUGUGUGGGCCUUGAGGUAGAAGACAUAAUUUUUGAUGAACUCUUGGAAGAACUUUUAUGUUCUUGAUUUGCAUUUUCGGAUAGUGCCAAUUGCGCUUUUGUACAUUGAAAUUUUGCUCUAGCAUCAUUGUACAUAGAUUAUUAGAUUGAUGUGUGAUUGGAGUUCACCAUAUGUUGUAGCAUCAUUCUUGAUACAAAAUGUUUGAUUUGUCUUAUUAGUUUGAUACUGCACAGGAAUUUCGAUCUA